UAUAAAUUGAAUCAGCCAAAAUCGAAACCAAAAUAUUAAAGUAUAUUUAAGACAAGGAUAAAAGUGGAGCAUUUAAUAUUGUGAGGUUGUUUACAUCAUUUGAAAGAUAUGAUAAUUAUUUCAUGGUUUUUGAGAGGGUAUUUCUAAAAUAAUCAUUAAGUUAGGGAAAUCAUUAUAUGACAUAGUAAAAUAGAACAAUUAUUUUGGCUUUUCUAUGAAAUAUAUGUAAUUCUUUGCCAAGUAGAUUAUCAUUUUUGUUGCAUUCUUUCAUCAAAACUAAAUUACUCAUACUGAUCCUAAACCUGAAAAUAUACUAACUACCAAUUGUGUUAUAAACUUAUUCCCUUCAAAGGAAGACAGUAAUAUUUUAAAUUCCAUUAAAUUUAGAAUUUGGGUUCCUGAAAGAGAAAUUCUUAAAAUCAUUGAUCUUGGAGAUGCUACCUUUGAUUAUGAAUACCAUAAUCCUAUCAUAAACACAAGAUAAUAUCGUGCUCCUGAAGUUAUUAUGGGUUAUCUAAAAUGGAAUGAGAGUUGUGAUAUUUGAUGUAUAGCUUUUGUCUUACUUGAAUUUUCUAGCCUAAUUUUCAAUUUAUUAUUACAUCAAUCAUAUAGAUUAUUGA